GAUGCUCGGCGCGCGCGCGCGAGAGAGAGAGACAGAGACCCAAAAAUGGCAAGAAGAGCCGGACGGAGGAGCCGGGAGUAGAAGAGAAAAGAGGCUCCCCUGUCUCCGAAAGCCAUCCACCCCCGGCGCGCCAAUUUCUGCCUCCAUCGGUCUCUCUCCUCCUCUCUUGGCCUAGCUAGCUAGAGGGAGAGGAAGAGAGAGAUCCAGCCCCCCAUCCCCCAUCCGCCAUCCGCCAUUAAUCCCCAUUGCCAAGGUGCGCUCGCUCGUUCGAUCCAUCCAUCGGCGGAAGCAAAUUCAAAUUGACGAGACCGGGAGAGAGAGAGGCCAUGGGCAACUGCUGCGUUGCCCGGCCGUCCUUCAGGCGCCGCGGCGGCGGCGGCGGAGGUGGCUCCCCCCGGCACCGCGGCGGGCGUCUCGGCGGCGCCGGCAACCUCCGCUGCCUCUCCACCAUCUCCUCCGUCACCGACACCCCCCGCGCCGCCGCCGCCCCCAUCACCGUCCUCAACAGCAAAUCCCUCGCCCCCCCAGAGGCCGCGUCCUCCGCCGCCGAGGAGCUUCUCCGCCGGUACGUCCUGGGCGAGGAGCUGGGCCGGGGCGAGUUCGGCGUGACCCGCCGCUGCACGGACUCAACCACCUCCCAGACCCUCGCCUGCAAGUCCAUCAGCAAGCGGAAGCUCCGGAGCAGCGUGGACGUGGAGGACGUGCGGCGCGAGGUCUCCAUCAUGCGCGCUCUGCCCGCCCACCCAAACGUCGUCGCGCUCCGGGAAGCCUUCGAGGACUCGGACGCCGUGCACCUGGUCAUGGAGGUCUGCGAGGGCGGGGAGCUCUUCGACCGCAUCGUCGCCAAGGGCCACUACACGGAGCGCGCGGCCGCCGGCGUCAUGCGCACCAUCAUGGAGGUCGUGGGGCAUUGCCAUAGGAACGGGGUCAUGCAUCGGGAUCUCAAGCCUGAGAACUUCUUAUAUGCGAAUGCGAGCGAGGCGUCGCCGCUUAAAGUCAUCGACUUCGGGCUGUCCGUAUGCUUCAAGCCGGGUGAAAGGUUCAGCGAGAUCGUCGGGUCGCCGUAUUACAUGGCGCCCGAGGUGCUCAAGAGGAACUAUGGCCAGGAAAUUGAUGUCUGGAGCGCUGGGGUCAUACUCUACAUCUUGCUGUGUGGUGUCCCUCCAUUCUGGGCCGAGAGCGACGAAGGGAUCGCGCAGGCCAUCAUCCGGGCGCGCCUCGACUUCGAGCGGGAGCCGUGGCCCAAGGUGUCGGACAACGCCAAGGACCUCGUCAGGAAAAUGCUCGACCCCAACCCUUACGCCAGGCUCACGGCUCAGCAGGCUCUAGAGCACCCUUGGAUACAGAAUGCCAGUGUUGCCCCUAACAUUCCUCUUGGAGAAGCAGUAAGGUCCAGGCUGAAGCAGUUCACGGUCAUGAACAAGUUCAAGAAGAAGGCCCUACUUGUGGUGGCGGAGUACUUGCCGGCAGAGGAGCUGGAGGCGAUCACGGAGCUGUUCCACAUGCUGGACACCAACAACGACGGGCACCUGACGAUCGAGGAGCUCAGGAAAGGAUUACAGAUGAUAGGGAACAACGUCAAUGACACCGACGUGGACAUGCUCAUGGAAGCUGCAGACAUAGACGGGAAUGGCACCCUGGACUGCAAGGAGUUCGUGACAGUGUCCAUCCACCUGAAGAAGAUCCGCGGCGAGGAGCACCUCCCCAAGGUGUUCAACUACUUCGACAAGAACAUGAGCGGGUUCAUCGAGAUGGAGGAGCUCAAGGAGGCGCUGUCCCCGAGAGGCGACCAGAAGGCCAUCGAAGACAUCAUCUUCGACAUCGACAUCGACAAGGACGGGAAGAUAAGCUACGAGGAGUUCGAGCUGAUGAUGAAGGCCGGAGUGGACUGGAGGAACGCGUCGAGGCAGUACUCGAGAGCGGUUUUCAACACCCUGAGCCGAAAGAUGUUCAAGGAGACGUCCCUGAAGAUUCUUGAUCCCAUCACCCCACGUGGCGCAGCCGCCACCGUGGCGAAACAACAACAGGACAUGAUCUGAGAAAGGAAACAAAAAACGAGCUUUUUGCUGGGUGAAUCCUUUUUUAGUUUUUGUUUGAACUGGGUGAAUCUUUUUGCUGGGUGAAUCCUUUUUUAGUUUUUGUUUGAACUGGGUGAGUCUUUGGAAGACAGAGAGAGGACACCACCGUCCAAGCGCGCUCAUGCUAGCUGGUCUCUCGUCUCUGGUGUUUGUCGCAGAGCACGAUUCCUAGCAUGAGAUGUUAGAACACGGAGAAAUGUGACCCACUCGAACUCGAAAGGUUGUGCGCGCUUGCGGAUUAACUGCACAAAGAAUGUACCAGCUGGAUGAUCCAUGCUCCGCGGAGUGCGGGACACGCGUGGACCGGACCAAUUCCAACGCAAGCAGCAGUUGACACGUCUAAUAAUAGCGCAAGAUCGAACGGGAGAAGUAACGCUUGGUUACUGGGCUUGUCCAUGUUAAAAGUGAUUGGUGGAAUCUGUUCUCCUAAUCACAUCCUUAAUUUGCUUUAUCAAUAAAAGUGAUUGCAUGCAUGCACAGUAA